UGUGUCCCCGGUCUGGCACGUUCCUAGCCAAAUUCUCCACGGUGUAAAAUUGGAUCCCCCCCUUUUUUUCCCCACUAAACCAAAAAUACCCCCUCUUCACUUCCCUGCAACCGCUCGUACGUUCGCGCUCAAUACACAUUUCCAAAUCUCCACCGGAUACCUCAGAAGAUGGCGGUGGUAAGCGGGAUGUCGGGGUCGGCGGUAGCCCGGCUAGAGGGCCGAGAAUUCGAGUAUCUGAUGAAGAAAAGGUCGGUGACCAUCGGCCGGAACUCCUCGCAGGGCUCGGUGGACGUCAGCAUGGGACACUCCAGCUUCAUCUCCCGGCGGCACCUCGAAAUAUUCACCGCAGGAGAGGACGGCACCGGCACGGGGGAAUUCUACCUCCGAUGCCUGGGAAAAAACGGGGUGUUUGUUGAUGGGGUGUUCCAGAGAAGAGGGGCUCCACCUCUCCAGCUUCCACGAAUGUGUUGUUUCCGGUUCCCUAGCACAAGUAUAAAGAUCACGUUCACAGCCCUGUCCAGUGAUAAGAAGGAGCCAAGGAACGUGCCGGAAUCACCGGUCAAGCCCGUCCAACCCCAAAUUUCCCCACUGACCAUAAACAUUCCUGACAACAUCGCCCACCUCAUGAGCCCACUGCCUUCGCCCACCGGCACCAUCAGUGCAGCAAACUCCUGUCCAUCGAGUCCACGGGGGGCAGGACUCUCCAGCUACAGGACAGGCCGCGUCCUGGCCUCUGACCUUAUAGGAGACAACUCCCAAUCAGAGAACGACAAGGAGGCCUCAGGUGAAGACAGCCCAAAGGACGACUCCAAACCUCCGUAUUCAUAUGCACAACUAAUAGUCCAAGCUAUCACCAUGGCCCCGGAUAAACAGCUAACACUGAAUGGAAUAUACACCCACAUCACCAAGAACUACCCCUACUACAGAACAGCUGACAAAGGCUGGCAGAACUCGAUCCGCCACAACCUCUCCCUGAACCGGUACUUUAUCAAGGUGGCCCGCUCUCAGGAGGAGCCGGGCAAAGGCUCGUUCUGGAGGAUCGACCCCGCCUCCGAGGGCAAGCUGAUAGAACAGGCCUUCAGGAAGCGCAGGCCCAGGGGGGUGCCUUGCUUCAGGACCCCUGUGGGACCUCUUUCCUCCAGGAGCGCUCCAGCUUCUCCCAACCACACAGGAGCACUGUCUGCCCACUCCAGUGGGGUCCAGACCCCAGACAGCCUUUCCAGAGAGGGGUCCCCUGUCCCCAUGGAGCCAGAGCCAACCCCCCCACCAGCCCCCACCCAAACAGCAACAGUCCAGCCCAAACUCGCCGUCAUCCAAGAGGCCCGCUUUGCACAGAACUCCCCUGUGACUGACAGUUACCUGUGCCCCCGCCCUCUGACAGGCUCCCCCCUCAACAACCAGCCGGUCUUGAUCGCCGUGCAGCGCCAGAUGCCUCAAACGACCAUGAAGCCUGUGACCUACACCAUGGCCACGCCGGCCAUCGUAACGUCGACGGUUAGCUCCGCCCCCGUCAUGCAGACGGUGCACGUUGUCCACCAGAUCCCCGCAGUGACCAUGGCAACUGUUGGCGGACAGUCUGCUGCUACAGUGAGCACAGAACCUCAGGAGAACGGAGGGGGGGAGCACAAGGAGAUCAAAGUGAAAGUGGAGCCGGUUCCAUCCAUCACCGCCUCGUCUUUAGGCGGAGUCAGUCGCAUCAUCCAGAGCUCUCAGGCCACUCCCCUGACGACAGUUACCAUCGUGCAGCAAGCUCCACUCGGUCAGCACCAGCUCCCUAUAAAGGCCAUCACACAAAACGGGACCCAUCUCGUCCCCAUCAGUUCUGCAGCUAGCACAGCCGUUGCGAAUCCUCUCCACCUCCUGGCGGCCCACGCCUCCGCCUCCGCCUCCCUCCCCACCAAGAGGCAGAACGGAGAACUGCAGGACCAGCCUGAGUCAAAGAGGGUGAAGACGCAGGAAGAGAACGGCGGCGAGGCGGCCGCCGCCAACAACAACAACGGUACCACGGACAGAGCUGGAGAAGGCGGGGUCAGUGAACAGGUCGGCGACAAGUAGCCUCCCCCUGAUCUGCCUCCCGGCCCCUGCUCUCCUGUAUGCAUUGAGCCUCACACCUUCCGCCCCCCACACCCCCCCCAUCCUACCUGGUCAUCAUCUACUUCAAGGUGCCAAAAAGAGAAGAGACGUGGAAACACAAACGGGACUACAGAAUGUGCAAAACUUCCUCAACCCCCCCCCCCAACCUCACUCUUCCUCUUCCAUAUAUUUAAGACCACGAAAUAUGAUGCAAAAACUAGAGACCAAAUUGAAAAUGGAAGUAAAGAAGAGGCGCUGAUGACUGUGAAACCCUGACGUUUGAGACCCAGAUGGCAAGAAGAUUCUGCAGGAAGAAAAACUAGAUUCAACAUAAAUCCAGAUUUCCAGAUGAGAGAGAGAAAAAAGAAUUUAAAAAAAAAAGAAAAAGACAUGUGACCCUCCCCAAAGAACGGAGAAGGAAAAGGAGCCUGAUCCUGGUAGCAUUACAAGACGAGCGCUUAACUGUGUGUCGGAUAGAGAACGCGACAGAGUGAAAUCACCAGUCAUGUAUUCCGCUAAGGGAAGUGUGUGUACGUACGUGUGGACAUUCCCAUCUUCGGCAGCUAGCCUCCAUGUCGACCUACCUAACCCAGUCGUGAGUAGAUAUGCAGUAUUCCGUUGUACAAGUGUAUCUGUGGAUCUUUUUUGAGUGUUUCUCCAUUUCCCAAGGCACAGAUACUAUCUAGUAAUAAUUAAGACAAUAAAAGCUAUAAGUGGGGUCUUUAAGAACAUUUAAACAACACAUGACAACAUGAUAUUUUGGGAAUCCUUUGUUUUUUUGUUUUUGUAUGUGGACUCUUUGUUCAGUGAAAUGAAUGUAGUCUCCUUUCUUUUCAUUUUUUUUUAUUUUUUUGCCUUUUAAAGAAAACACUAUCUAUGGAGUGGAUGUUCUUUUCUCUGCUCAUUCAUGCAAAUGAAAUUUCUUUAUCACUGUACAUCUACAGAUUUUUUCAUAUUUUACAAAUAUCCUAUGAGAUAAAAAAAAGUAUAUUCCCAUGCGUAUUUGACCAUAUGCUUCAUCGAGCUUGCAUGUUACGGAUCUAGAGACAAUGUACUUGAGCAGAUUUAACUGAAUAUGGAACUGAAGAAAAUUUAGACUGAAUCUACGCUAUAUGAUUCUGACCAGUGCUGCACUUAACCCUCUUAGUUCGUUUUUAUUUUUGUUUUUUUUGUAUUUUUAUUUGUUCUCAGUUUUUCCCGUCAUCAUUGGCUGUUUGUUAUCUUUGUGUUGACGUUGGCCGUCUCUUUGCUUGAUUAUUUUAUUCUGUUCAGGCUACUAGAGAAGUCUAUUCAGAUUGUAUUCUAUGUUACACGAGGAAAAACAAGUGAUAGGUGUUUGUUCUUGCUUCCGUGG